CAAUAAAAUAAGGAUAAGAAGAAGAAUACCAACUUUAAAAAUAAAUGGAGAAAUGGUUACAACUGGAAUUCCUUUGGCCAUGGACUUUGAACUAAUCAAAUCAUCCUAUAUGAAACGAGGGAAAUCUGUGCUGUCAUUCGAGUUGUUAGAAAUAGCAGUCAAAUCUCCCACAAAUCAUACCCAACUGUAUUUUGAAAUAGGACACAGGAUAAUGUUGUCCUGGAAAGGAAAGAGAUGGGAUCAUGGCUGGAAUGUCUUUUAUCAUAAGACUGUUUAAUAAGAGUAGACCUGUGACUAAAUAGCAGUAACAACUCUUGAGGAAUAAACAAUAAGGAUUGGUAAAUUCCAUGCAGUAAAAAGGAAACUAUUCAAAUGUAAAUAUUCAGUUCGUGUUGAUUUUUCAACGUAACAUGGAAGAAAACGGAGUGAAGGAGCAACUCGAAUUAUUGUGCCACAGGCAAGAUCUAACUUCAUUUUAACUUUUCUUGACACCUCUGCGAGAAGAAAAAAAAGUAAUCGGAACGUUAAAACCAACUCUAAAGCUUCACAUAAACCUAAUUUAUAUUACGCUUCGUUUGGAGUUAGAUAUCUGGAAAGGAAAACCGAUGCCACUUCGAAAUAGCGCGAGUUCAUCCGAUCGUGCGCGUACGUGUACAUAAAUACUCACAUAUAUGUAUUUAAAAAAAAAAAACUGGAGAAAUAUCUAUACUCAAACUCAAUUAUAUAUAAACCUCGAUCACAGUCAGACAGAGGGAGAGAGAAUAUGUUUAUUUUUGCAUUUCUUGUAGGAUCUUUAGAAAAGAAGGAAAACAAUCGCAAUGAAAAUUUGUAAAUGGAAUUUAAUGAGAGCAACCAAAAACAUUUGAAUAUUUGAAAUAAAAACGAAUGAAAAAGUGGAAAUGAAAAUGUGUUACUUGGAGUUAUCUCCCUUAGUAUUUCUUCCGGUUUGACCCACGAUGUAUUCUGAAAGUUGGAAAUCUGAUGUGAACCCAUUGUAAGAAGAAACAUGAGUGACGCAGCAAAGGCCUCCACAUUCCAUUGUGAGGUUUGCAAGCUGUCCUAUGCAAGUCAACCGGAGCUGCGGGAGCAUCUUUGGUCCUUGAUGCAUCAUGUGAGAUUGGAGCAGAAAGAAAAACCCCCAGAACACGUGUGUUGUCUGUGCCAGGCUUCCUCGAAUAAUUUAGUUCAAUAUGGCCAACAUUUGAAUGAACUGAAGCACAAAAAAGCAUUGACAAAAUUACGAGAGAAGAAAAUAUCUGAGAGUACAAAACCUUGCUCUCUAUUGUCCCUGAAGACACCUGUUCCACCUUUUCUGAUGCCAAACAAGAGUUGGCAUUUAAGUUACCCUUUUUCCCACUUGAAACCUUACAUCUCUCCUUUAAACAGUCGUAAACAUUUGCCACAGCCGUAUCAAAGGUAUCCGCCAGGGACAGGCAGUGGUGACCAAUAUGUGAAAGGGAAUCCCAUGAGAGCUGGUGUCCAUUUCAGUGAGGAAAGAAGUUUUAAUUGUAAUGAGAACAAUUCUAUGGAUCAUAGUGGUCAGCCGUAUCAAAGGUAUGGUGGUCAGCCGUAUCAUGGUGACCAAUAUGUAAGAGGGAAUCCCAUGAGAGCUGGUGUCCAUUUUAGUGAGGAAAGAAGUUUUAAUUGUAAUGAGAACAAUUCUAUGGUUCAUGGUGGUCAGCCGCAUCAAAGGUAUCCGCCAGGGAUAGGCCAUGGUGACCAAUAUGGAAGAGGGAAUCCCAUGAGAGCUGGUGUCCAUUUUAGUGAGGAAAGAAUCAGUUUGAAUUGUAAUGAGAACAAUUCUGUGGUUCAUGGUGGUGACCAGAAAUUUUUAAAAGUUCAUCCAGUAAAACAAAAUGAGGUUUCUGUUGGCAAAAAAAAUGCCAUGAUGAAGAAAAAGAAAAUUAAGAAAGAUAAAGUAGAUGUCCCAAGCAGUUCAUCCACAAAUGACCAAAGCUUGUCAGCCAAUCGGCUUCCUGCUAAAAAGGGAUUGGUGAAAGACAGCAAACAGAGUUUGUCCAGAAGUGUGUUAGCCCCAAGAUCUAAGAAAAAAAUGGUCGUUACAACCCCUUCUGGCUUUAGACAAGGACUGUUUUUAGAGGAGGAUUUUCAGAAAAAUAACUUAGACAUUGUCAGGUUGAAUUUGAUUAAUGCCACAACUGACAAAGGAGAUAAAGUAUUUACAAAUAAACUGACAGCAGGGUUCAUGAAAGACAAUAAUAAUAGUUCUCAACAUUCCUCUUUGUCACGUGUCCAAACUAAAGACUUCAGAUCAUCUAAGCUCACAACUAAAAACAGAUCUUUAAAAACAUCAAACACCACAAAAAAACAUUCAAAACCUCUACAAUUAUCACCCCUGAAAGUUCCCUCCAAAGCACAACCUGAAUCUGUUUUAAAAGCCGUUCCUUCAAAGGUCACCAAGCCAUUAGAAGCGGUUAAAGACGACCAGGAUAAUAAGUCGAAAGCGCUUAAUCAAAACAGCUUUUGUGUUUCUCAAAUGGAAACAGAAUCAAGGGAUAAAACUGUCAAAGUGCAGAGUGAAAACUUAUUACGUUCACCCUCUGUUCCCAGUGAUACUAGGGAAACGUCCAAAGAUAGUCACAAUUCACCCUCUAUACCCAGUGAAGCUGUGGAAACAACCAAAAACAGUAACAAUUCACCCAGUGUAGUUAGUGAUGUUGUGCAGACACCCCAAAAUAGUAAAUACUCACCUAAUGUACCCAGUGAUGCUGUGGAAACUUCUGAAAAUAGUAAUAAUUCACCCAAGAUACCCUGUGUUAUUGUGGAAGCUACCAAAAAUAGUAAAAACUUAGAAAUUUGUAAUUCUUUGUCUCAAAGUUCUGAAAACAGUGGACUGAUAAUCAAGUCAGCUGACUCUAAGGAGCCUGACUCCAAAACAACAAAAUCAAUUGAAACGAAGCCAAAUUCUUCUUCAAGUAGCAUAGACAUUACAACUUGUAAACCAACUGGUUCUUUGAGUGAAACUGCAGUUAGUGGUGUGGCAAGGAAAAGGACCCUUUCUUCUGAAUAUCUUGCAGGUUCGGGGAAACCUAAUCUCUUGAAAAAACUAAAAUGUUCUACAAGCAAGGAAAUGAGCAUUUCUGAGAAAAAUCAAAACUUGAAUCCAGAUGCUGCAAAAAAUUCAAGGAAAAAGGUUGAAACUGCGAGUAAUUACUCAACUGUUUCCAGUUUACAAGAACGUUCAAAUCAUUCAGAAGAAAUAACUCCAGCAAAGCUCGACUCAACAACUGUUGAGAAACAACAGCUUAGUAAAAAUGUCGGUAAGGAAGAACUGGUGAAAAUGACCAAACUUUCUUGCUUGAACCAUAAGGAAAAAAUGCAUUUAAGCUCUGUAAUGAAGUCCUACACAAAGACUCAAAACAAGAGGUCAGCAGUACCAAGAUUGACCAUGCAGCUGUCUAGUAUCUAUAACAGUACCAACCAAAAGGAAAACAGUGAAAAGUUGAACUUACCUGAGGGCUUAGAGGAACAAAUAACAAUGUUGAUUAAGAAAGAGAACAUGGAUGAAUUAGGAAAUACAGAGACAUUUUCCAAUUCAGACCAGUUAAUGACAAAAACUAGUCAAGCAAAUAUACAGAUGAAUCUCGUACCAACCACAGUGUCAGAUCCUUUACAACCUUUAUUCGAUCUUGAUCAAUCAAACUUGAGUUCUGCAAGUACAAAGUCCUCAGUUUCAGCAGGAAACAAAAAAAGCACAAAGAAAUCUCUGUCGAAAAAUGCACGGCAGGCACCUCCAUCAAGUUGUGCUACCAUCUGUACCCCUACUACAACAACCAAUACUGCUAUUUCAACAAUAACUACCACUACAUCUACUACUACUGCUGCAAGUAACUCAUCCAAAAUAGUCGACCAGAAUGUUGCAGUGGAGAACACAGUGGAACCAAACAGCCAGACAUCUGAUGUUUUCAACCAGGUCUAUUUGUUAACUUUACGAGAGGAAGAGGUGUGUGGUAACAUCAGUAAUUUAAAUCAAAGAAUCUCUUACUUGGAGAAAUUAAUUGAAGAUUCAAAGAUUGCUCUGCAAGCCUGUAAAGAUGAACAGCUGGGCCUCAUGGAAGAAGAGCAAAACAUACGAAAAAUGCGCAUAGGCAUUCUCAAGGAAGCCAUGGGAGACACUAAUCGCAGUAACAGUGAAUUAAUUAAUCACUUGUUGAGAUCUCACUUGGCUUCUGAGGGAACACACCAAAACAUCCCAGUACCACCAGAAUCAUGUAAUGAACAGCCAUUUGGUAUGCAACAAGAUGGUACAACGGCACAAGAAACAUGUAGACCUGCUGUUGUGUCAGAAAAUACUGGCAUCCUAACCACAGCCCAACAAAAACAACCCACACUGGCUGCUCUGUUAGCAAAAGGAAAGCAAACUGAGUCAGUGUUCAACAAACUCCAGAUGAAUUGUCCAGCACAAGGGACCCGACUCCAACAACCAGGUUCGGUCACACAAGAGACACUUCACCAAUCAAACUCACAAAACAAAUAUAUGGCAAAUCUUUUAUUAAUAAAAGAUGUCACCAAAGGUCUGAAACUGCCCAAAACAUUAAAAGAUUCUGUGUUUAAAAAUCAAAAGCACUUUUCAGAUAUGCUAAAGCUACAGGAAAGUUCACAAGAAGGGAUCAAUACCUUGCAACCACCAGAUGUUCCAAAUAACACUUCUUCUGGGAAAAAAGGGCUGAAGGGUAGUAUUUUCCAGUUCAACCAGGAGGACCCAUUACUGUCAACAAAAGAAAAGAAUACCUUAAACUCUUCAAAAUCUCUACAUUUUUCUUUCCCUCCACAACAACACAUUAAUUUCAAAGCUCCGUCUUCUGUGUCAUCAUCAUCAUCAUCAUCGAAAAUUACCAACUCUGACAAUAAUAAUGCAUCAGAUUCUGUUGACAUGCAAGCAAACAUAACGGACUUGUCUAAAAAAGUGUCAGAAAUCAGCCAUAGUUUAACUUCUGUGAAGAAGGAAAAUGAUGGAAAUUGUGAAUCCGAGGCUUCUGUUGAGCCAACAACACUUCCAGUGACCUCCACAUUUGACAAUGUUCAAAUCAAAACAGAGCCAAUCUCUCCAGAAGCCAUUGAAACUAAUCCACCAGUUUCUGAUUCAGGCUUUAACUUUGUAAGCAUUAAAGAAGAACCAAAAUCACCAACAGACUUUGGUGGAUUUGGUUUGGGUGAACUUAACCAAGAUUCCUCAUCAGCUUUUUCCCACAUUGAUAACCAACAGAAAGUGAACUGCUUUGAAAAGGGUCAACCUCAUUUGUUUCCAGAAAGCAGUGUUGGAGAAGUUGGUUCUAAUACUGAUAAUCCAGUCUCUUCUGAAAAUAGGUUAGUUAAUGCCAGCAAGUCAGAAAGUAAUUUGCCAGUAACUUCACCAGUUCUUGAAGUGGCCACCACUACUUGUGUUCAGCAGAGUGCUACAUCAUUACAGUCUACCACAACCUCAAACCAUUCAGCGAAACCGAAUUCAGUUCCUGCUAACCACAAUGACAAAGAGAAAUCAGAUGAAGAAUUAGAAUUCUUUUCAUCACUUUCAAUGAAAAACUUAUUAGACUCGUCUUGUAUUGAGAAUGUGGAUCCUGAAAAAUGUUCAGGUAAUGUGUCGAUGAAAUAUUUAGGGAGCAUGUCUAAUAAUUUGGUAGAACAGUUGAAAGAAUGUUGGAAGAAGCAGAAUGUUACCAUGAAUAAAUGUUUCCCACAGGGACAAACUGAUGACACGGUGCCAGUUGCAAACGUCUCCAGUUUACCUCCAUUUACUUCAACGUGUGAAACUUCUAUGAGAACUGAGAACCACUUAACUCCAUCACAAAUUGCUAAACCUUCUCCUUACAUUAUAAAUGUUGAUGAAGCCAACAACUUUGUUCUGCCUGCCAGUUUAAAUCCUGUAGUUUCUAUCAAGCCGCUCUCUUUAUCCUCAAAUUCUUCAGGAUCUAAAUAUAUAGAAAGUGUAGAUGUAAACACUGCAAAGAGCAACUCAAAACUCUCGGAAACCAUUUCCAAAAAUGAACAAUCAUCAGAUGAUUCUUCAAUUAGUCUAAUUAUAAUUGACGGUGAUAGCAGUUCGGAAGAUAAUGGCGCUGAUAAAACUGUAAAUAAAUUGCCAUCUUCUACAGCCCCUCGACAAGUCUUAAAUACUAUACCUGAAGGUUCCAGCACAGAUACUUUACAAAAUCAAUUUUCAACUAAAAGUCAAGAAAAGUUUUCUGAUUUUGUGUCCACCCCUAAUACUGUCUUCAAAGGUCCCAAUUAUCCUGUCACAAAUUGUGCCAUAUUUGGGAAUUACCUCUAUGUUUCAUAUCAGGGACACUCACCUCAGAAGUUUGAUCUUAGAACUGCAAUUUGUGUAAAAGAAUACAACUGUCAGCCAUUUUCAGUCCAAUGUAUGUUAGUGACUGGGUUUUCUUUUGAAAACCCACGAGUGUUCUCUGGUGGUGCGAGUGAAAUGCUUCUUGUAUUUAAUGAAAUUACUGGACAGUUGCUGACAAAAAUUGAUCUCAUGAGAAAAAUUUACACUUUUCAUGAAAAAUGGAAUUAUCUUUUUAUUGGCCUUGCUGAUGGUGGUGUGUCUAAGAUAAACUUGAAGACAUUGAAGGAAAUCAGUAAUAUAUCAUACGGAACUAAACCAAUUCAUUGUCUUGCCACUUGUACUGAAGGGGCUCUCAAAAUUCUUUGCAUCGGUGCUUAUGAUGCUUCAAUUCUUAUCGUCUCUGCAUCAUCAGGCCUUCUUUUGAAAACCUUGCUGCCCUGUCAAAGACUACUUUAUUCAAUCAAAGUGUCUCAAAACUUGAUAUACAGCUGUUCAGAAGAUAGGAAACUGGCUGUCUUUGACAUUGAAACAGGAGACCUUGUGAGAUGCAUUCAGGGUCAUUCUGGCACAGUGUCGUGUCUUUAUGUUGACAAUAAAAUACUUGUGACUGGUAGUCAUGAUAAAUUAAUCAAUGUGUAUUGGGGAUCAGUCACAGACUUAGACAAAAUAAAGCCAUUCUCUUUUUACGGUGCAGGCAAACAAAGCAUCUCCUGUUUGACUGUGUCUGAUAGGAAAAUCUACAGUGGGAACUUUUAUGGCCUUGUUGAGGCUUUUGAUAUACCCAGUGAUUCCUCACCAAAAGGGUGGGUCUGUAGAUAUAACAAGUGCACAUUAACAUUUGGUUUGUACGAAGACUUGAGAUUCCAUUUGCACAGUGAACACUUGAAAGGACAAAUUGCUAAGUGGAAUAAUUGGCAAUGCCAUUGGGUAUUUUGUUCAGAAACAUUUAAGUCUUCAUCUUUAUUGAUGAAACACUGUGACAGACACCUUAAACAAUAAAUUGUAUCCAUUUCUAUUUUAA